AUGAGCGCGACCGCGACUCCAACCAAGCGACGCGUCCUCGGCUCGCUGGACGUUAAUGUUCAGAUGUCGCCCAAGUCACCCGGGCUCGCGGGCAGCCCGCUGAAGAGGGGCAGCCGCGAGGCCAGCCUGAGCCUGUCCCAUUGCGCGAGCCCUUCUCCUCGCAAGCCAGCGUCCAAGGACGUGAGCCCCAAGAAGAGGCCACUGGAUGAGGCGACCGCCACGCAGCCAGCUGUCAAGAAGCUGUGCUCUGACGACGCCGCGGGUGCGGUCCCAGCCCCCGAUGCCACUGAUGCAGCAGCCGCUGGAAAGCAACAGACAGUGCAGAACUCGGACGAGGAUGAGCCAUCCGCGUCCCAGCCUACGACUGGUGAUCGGAGAUCCGUGUCCCCUGACGCGAGCUCGCUCUUCGAUGCUUCCGGCAUGAACACCUCCCAAGAUACGACAAUCACGGAACCCGAUCUCGACGCGCCGAUUACUGUUACUGCUCCCACUGUUCCCGCUGCCCCUAUCGCACCGGUUACUGCCCCUACAUCGUCCAUCUCAAAUGCUUUCGUCUCGCCAUUACCACCACCACCACCACAAACGCGUCGGAUAACCACGCGCGAGGAGCUCAAACAGAAAACCGAGAUCCUCAAACUCAGGCUCAGCUUGGCCAACUACAAAGUCAAAACAGGCCAGGUCGACGUGCCCCUCGAAAGGUUACAGGUUCGGCCCGUGCCGGGGAUGACGCGCCGCAGAACACCUCUGCCUUCUAUGUCGGCCCACACGGUCGAGAGGUCGACCCCGGCACAGCAGUGGUACCGCCUGGGCAACGACCGCAGGAUCGCGGCAUCACUUCCGGCGCAAGCGGGGCGGGACAUGGCGCGCGACGGUGUCGAUAUGUCGCCGGCGACGGAGAAGCACAUCCUUCCGCGGCUGUCGUCCGCAUCAUUAUCCAUUGUGUCGACGCCCCACAAGCACCGUGAUGCCGAGGAAGAAGACAUGCUGACCUCCAGUGCACUCAGGGGCGGGGCGGCCAAGGGGCUGCUCAGUCUCUCGCAGGGAUCUGUGGGUCGCUGA